AUUCCAUAGUAUGCAGAGCCGUCAGAAUGCUUGGCUUCUUUAAGAGACAUACUAGGUACGUCAAUGAUACAAAAGCAAUCAUGAUACUUUACAAUGGCCUGCUGAGAAGUAUCCUGGAAUACUGUUUUGUUAUUUGGCAACCUACUUACACCUGUAAUAUCAAUAGAAUUAAAAGAGCGCAACAUAUAAAUUCAUAUAAUACCUUUGCUUUGUGGAAUCCAGAGCCUGGAAUGCAGAAGAAAGCAGGCUUUUCUCCUAAUACUGGCUUAAUUAAUAGGUGGUUCUAUCAAGUCGUCGCGUUCAUGACAAAACGGCACAAACUCCACUAUGAUCUUUUUUCAUAAAUUAUUUUGUAGUAAUUUUGAAAUGAAACAAUUUCAUUCUUGUUCUUCCUAUAUUUGUUUU